CAAGCCUGGCCUUCCUUCCCGUCCCGUGCCGUCUCCCUUGCCUUUCCCAUCCGCCGUGGAUUCCUCUCGAGCGAGAGAGAUCGGGGAAGGCGUCGGCCGCGUACGAGAGGAGGGAGAGAGAGAGAAGGAGGGAGGGAUGGCGGAAGCCACGAGGAAGUACCUGGUGCAGGUGGCGGAGGGGAGGGAGGCGGCGCCCGAGGAGGGCGGCGCGCCGUCGGCCGGGCCCGUCUACCGCUGCGCCGCCGGCGCCGGCGGGGCGUCGCCGCCCGCCGUGCCGGGGCUCGAGUCAUGCUGGGACAUAUUCCGUUUGUCUGUGGAAAAGUACCCUGGCAACCCGAUGAUGGGCCGCCGUGAAAUCAUGGACGGAAAGGCUGGCAAGUACACAUGGGUGACUUACAAAGAAGUAUACGACACUGUGAUCAAGGUAGGGGCUUCAAUCCGGAGCUGCGGCAUCAACAAGGGAGGACGAUGUGGUAUCUAUGGAGGCAAUAGCCCUGAGUGGGUUGUGAGUAUGCAGGCCUGCAAUGCCCAUGGCAUUUACUGUGUUCCAUUGUAUGACACACUUGGUGCUGGGGCAAUAGAAUUUAUAUUGUGCCAUGCAGAGGUCGAAAUUGCUUUUGUGGAGGAGAAGAAGAUUGGAGAGGUACUCAAGACAUUACCAAACGCGACCAAAUUUUUGAAGACCAUCGUGAGCUUUGGUAAGGUCAGCCCUGAUCAGAAGGAAAAGGUUGAGCAGAACGGAUUGUCUAUCUACUCAUGGUCCGAGUUUGUGCUUAAGGGAGAUGGGGCUGAAGAGAAGUAUGAACUCCCUCCAAAGGAAAAGGCUGACAUAUGCACGAUAAUGUAUACCAGUGGAACAACUGGUGAUCCAAAGGGAGUUUUAAUCUCUAAUAAGAGCAUUAUCACCAUUGUUUCAGCAGUGGAUGAGUUCCUUCGCAAUUCAAAUGAACAGAUUCGUGAGGAUGAUGUUUACAUUUCUUAUCUUCCGCUUGCCCACAUAUUUGACCGUGUGAUUGAGGAGGUGUUCAUUCACCACGGGGCCUCAAUUGGAUUUUGGCGUGGAGAUGUCAAACUCUUGGUUGAAGACAUUGGAGAACUCAAGCCAACAAUAUUCUGUGCUGUUCCACGUGUGCUAGACAGAAUCUAUGGAGGACUUCAAGAUAAAGUCUCAACCGGUGGCUUCCUAAAGAAGACAUUGUUCAAUGUUGCGUACAAAUACAAACAAGGGAACAUGAUAAAAGGAAGCAAGCAUGAAGAUGCUGCUUCUAUUUUUGACAAACUAGUCUUCACCAAGGUGAAACGAGGAUUGGGUGGUAGAGUGCGAGUAAUUUUAUCAGGCGCAGCUCCUCUAUCUAAUCAUGUCGAGGAGUUUCUGCGUGUCGUUACAUGCUCUCAUGUUCUCCAAGGCUAUGGUCUCACAGAGACCUGUGCUGGGUCUUUUGUUUCGUUGCCAAACAACAUGUCCAUGCUGGGAACUGUCGGCCCUCCUGUCCCAUACGUUGAAGUACACUUAGAAUCUGUUCCUGAGAUGGGGUAUGAUGCAUUAUCAAAAGAAUCACCUCGUGGGGAGAUUUGCAUCAGAGGGGACACCUUGUUCUCAGGGUACUAUAAGCGAGAAGACCUCACCAAGGAAGUCUUGGUCGAUGGCUGGUUCCACACAGGAGACAUUGGUGAGUGGCAGCAUGAUGGAAGCAUGAAGAUCAUCGACCGCAAGAAGAACAUAUUCAAGCUUUCCCAAGGAGAAUACGUCGCGGUUGAGAAUCUAGAGAACAUAUUUGGUCAAGCUCCUAAUGUUGAUUCGAUUUGGGUGUAUGGAAACAGCUUCGAAUCAUGCCUGGUUGCGGUGAUCAACCCCAACAAGCAAGGUCUGGAACGAUGGGCUGAGUCGAACGGGGUUAGCGGAGACUUUGCCUCGAUAUGUGGAGAUGCUAAAGCGAAAGAGUUCAUCUUGGAAGAACUGAGCAAAACUGGCAAAGAUAAGAAGCUCAAAGGCUUUGAGAUGAUCAGGGCUGUUCAUCUGGAGCCGGUGCUCUUUGACAUGGAGCGCGACCUCAUCACCCCAACUUACAAGAAGAAGCGGCCGCAGCUCCUCAAAUAUUAUCAGGGCAUCAUUGACGAAAUGUAUAAGAGCAUGAAGUAGGCUAUACCGAUCUGGGCAGCGCGUAUGCAACAUGAGCUUAGCAACCUCUACAAAGUUUUAUUUUAUUUUUAACUUCUGUCUGGAUGUAAAUUAACAUAUAGCGUUUGUUUUUCUAGGUUUAAUUUCCCCCCUUAUGUUCUCUUUGAACGUGAAAGAAAACAAAUACUUGGAAUGACGUACAUACAUAGUGGCUCUGUCAUAAGUAAAUCGAUGUUAAAAUUU